UGAUCAACAUAUGAUUUCUUUGUCUACUGUUUUGGUUUGUCUUACGACGUGACGAGAAAACCGGUGCGUGUGCGUGUAUGUAACCAAUGCCAUUUGUAAACGUGUUACACUUCACAUUUAAAGUUCAUAGUGUAAAUUUCAACUAGUAAGUUUUUUCUGAAUAGUCAAACGUUUAUGUGUCUGGCUCAGCUAAUUUACUUCCAAUAUUUCAAUUCAGAAUGUUCAACAUUUCCUUGUCAAAACUGUUUCUUGCAGUAUCACUUUUUCCUUUAGUUUCAUUGCAGUUGAUACAGGAAAACGUGAACUAUAAAGAAUUGAGAUGUUUGGUUUGUAAGGAAACUAUCAAACAAAUAGCUGCUGCAGUAGAAAAAGUUGAUCCUUCAAAAAAAGUUCCAAACGUUUUCAGAAUUGAUGGUGAUGGAAACACUGGAGGACAAGAGGAUGUCUACAAAAUCAUUUGAUGAAUUACACAUGAAGUUGAAGGACUGUCUACAACGCCAAAAUACAUUCAUGAGGGAAUGUAUUCAACCAAUUGAGAUGUUGGCUGUUACUUUAAGAUAUUUGGCAAGUGGUUGUACUUUCUCAGAUUUGCAUUACACUUAUCUCCUUGGGAUUUUGACUAUAAGUAAGAUCAUCAGAGAGGUUUGUUGUGCAAUCUGGGCAGUAUUACAAUCUGAAUGCAUUCCUGUUCCAAAUAAGAAGAAGUGGGAAUCGAUUGCUCUAAAAUUUGAAACUGUUGCUAAUUUCCCUCAUUGCUUAGGCGCAGUUGAUGAAAAGCAUAUAAGGAUUGUGCACCCUCUGAACUCUAUGUAUAUCAACUAUAAAGGAUAUUCUUCUAUAGUUCUCAUGGCAGUAGCUGAUGCAGAAUACCGGUUUAUCUAUGCUAAUGUUGGAGCAUAUGGGAAAGACUGUGAUUCCAACGUUUUUCAAAACUGUCGACUGUGGAGUUCAAUUAUUAACGGCACCAUGGAUCUGCCUGAAGACAAGUGCCUUCCAGGGACACAGAACCCUAUACCUUACUAUUUCAUAGGAGAUGAUGCUUUUGGCUUACAUAAGCAUCUGCUUAAACCAUAUGAAGGACAUUCUUUGACUUUAGAGAAAAGAAUAUACAACUAUCGUGUAUGCCGAGCUCGCAGGUACGUUGAAUGUACUUUUGGAAUUCUGAGCAACAAAUGGAGAAUAUUCCACCGCGCAAUUAGCUUGGAUCCAAGUUAUGCUACGGAUAUAGUGAAAGCUUGUGUAGUUUUACAAAAUUUCGUUCGAAACAGGGAAAUGGUUUUGAAGCAGAAAAUAUGUUAUCCAUUUCGGGCUUUGAAAAUAUCCACUUGGAAGGCGAGGGAAUGAGAAGAAAUUAAGCAAGUACAAUAGCAAAAAGUGUGAGAGAUGCAUUGAAAGACUAUUUCAUGACUGAAGAGGGUUCAGUGAGUUGGCAAUACUCCAAAAUCUGAUUAACGUGCAUAUUUUACACAAAAAAUAUAUAAAAACCUACAUUAUAGUCCUACUUACAAUUUUCCUAGAAUUAUUUAUGGAAAAAAUCCUAUUUAACAAAAACUAUAUAUAAAGCUGAAUUGUGUUGUGUAGUAUCCAAAUAAAAUUAAAUAUUACAUUCAAUAUACAUAACAUUGUUCAAUAUAUUUUAAUAAACAUGAUUCUGAUAAUAUUGAUUUGUAGGUAUUCAUUAUGUAUGACUUUAUAGUCACACGUGGAAAAGCGUUUGUUGCUGCUUGUUUAUACAGCUUGUUGUAUAACAAGCAGUUAAAAAAGCAGGAAAAACAGUUUGUUGCUGUUUCUUGCUGUUUGUUUAUAACAUCACCACUAAAAAUAAAUAUUCAAAAUUAAUGAAUUAAUUCAUAUUAAUGAGUCAAAAAUCAAUUGUAAUAUAAUAAUAUUACAAUAAAUUAGUUUUAAUUAUCAAGUAUAUAAUUUAUAAAAUAAGUAAGUAUAAAUCUUUUUUCUACAAUCAUAUUAUAGUACUCAUAUACAGUAUAAAGGCAUCUUACAAAUUAUGUAUAAUUAUGUCACAGUAUGAAACUAAUCAGGGGUUCUCUUGAUACUCUUCUGGGUGAUCAUUUUUAGAAAAAAAUUGAUUGUAGCUUAUUUAUGCACUUUCUUCAAAUAUUCAUAGGUUUUAAACUGUAGACCUACUAUUGUACAUUAAAAAUUAUUGAUUGGAAUACUAAGAUAAUAAGUGUAAACAUAAACAAAAUGUAUUAUUAAAACUCACCUAAUUCCUUCCUUUUCUUGUGAUCCAAUUGAUCGAAUUCCUUGAAAAUCUCAACACAAACCUCUUUCCACGCUUUUUGUGUUUUGUUUUUAUAUUUAUAUUGCUCGCAAGUCUUAUCCCAAAGUACAGGUUUUAAUUGUACUGCUGAUAUAAGUCUAUCUGUGUCAAUAUCUGGAAAACCACUCAUUUUAUUGAAAAAAAUUAAUUAAAAAAUUAACUACGGUAAUUGAAAAAAUACAGUAAAUUAACUUCAAUAAUGGGUUACAAAAUGCUAGGAUAAAUGAAUGAAGACGUUCUGAAAUCGGCUGUUUGGUUAAAAUUGUUAACAAUGGGAGCAUGUGCUGUUUGCGUGUGCUGCUACCUAGCAGCGAAUAUGAAUAUGAAAAACCUAUUCGUGUCCAGGGGGCGUUCGGUUCUAUGUGGUUUCUAUUCGGUGCCGAAUUCAAACCGAAUCAUCGCUUCACACUUAUCGGAAUUUGCCGAAAACGAAAUGAACCGAACCGAAAGUGUGUGAAAGUAGUGUCUCGCCAGCAACGAAUCGAAACCUGAUGGAAUUUAUUAGUGUCAAGUGGGCGUUCGGUUCUAUGCGGUUUCUAUUCGGUACCAAAUUCAAACCGAAUUACCGUUUCACACUUAUCGGAAUUUGCCGAAAACGAAUCGAAAACGAAAUGAACCGAAUGAAUGUGAAACUAGCCUUACAGUCACAGUAGAUGAUAAGAUUGCUUCACAGUCACGUCACUUACGUGGUGAAAAAAUCAUCAUGGGAGUUUUUAUCAUAGAUUGUAAUCUUGAUUUGUAAAUUUUCUAUAGACAUAAUAUUUUACCUCAUUGUUCACGUUAGCUGUCAUCAUGGAAGUGAUAGGAUGGUACACAUUUUUUAUCUCUAUACCAUUGCAUCAUAAAAAGUCUUCAAACUUUUCUUUUUCACAUAAAAAUCGUUUCAUUGUCAUAAAAUCUCCUGUCACAUAAAAAUCACUUUGAUCUAUUAUAGUAAUGAAAAUGCAUUCAUCAUUUUUAUUAUUUUCAUAAGUGUGACUUAAUGCCCAAUAGUAAGAUAG